AUUCGUUGUCAGCAAGAUCUUUUUGCGGCAAAAUAAAUAGUGUCUUUGAAGAUUUUAACAAAAUAAAGUAUAAUCGUGAUACGAAAAGACUUGUAUUAAAUUUAGACUUUAGAUAUAUAUAUAUAUAUAUAUAUUAUGCGCAAUGUAUAAAUCUCAAUUUAUUGGUCUCGAUGAUAAACCGUGCGAUACAAAAUGCCUGUUAUGCGAUUGUACAUUUAUUCUUCCGAUAAAUGAAACGGAUUUCCUUACGCAUUUAUUCAAGGCGCAUCGUCUCGUUAUAGCGGAUGUUACAAAAAUAGCUAGUUUGAGAAGUUAUAUACAUUACUGGAGCGUAAAGUUUAAGGAGGAACCAUUGACGACUUAUUGUACAACACUAUUAAUGGAUUGUACACCAGAUGGUCAGCCAAGUAAAAAUGAACAUUACUUUUUGCUUUCUGACUGUCUAUCAGAAGACAAGACUUUGAGAAGUGAAAUACAUCAGGCUAAAUUAGAAUGGGCAUUAGCGCAACAAGAAGCUGAGCGUACGGAUAAAAGUUUUAAGCGUGGUUGCAUGUUUUGCCGUACAGAAUUCUGUGGAUCGCGUAUUAUGUAUAUAAAACAUCUUUUUCAAAAGCACAAUCUUCAUCUUGGCAAGCCAGAAAACUUAGUAUUUGUUGAUGAGCUUUUGGACAAAAUUCAGAAUAAUAUUGAAAGCUUAAUAUGUAUUUACUGUGAGAAAGUAUUUAAGGAUCGUACAGUACUAAAGGAACAUAUGCGAAAAAAAUUCCACAAAUGUAUAAAUCCUUAUAAUAAAUUGUACGAUAAAUUUUAUAUAAACAAUUAUUUAGAAUCAGGAACAGUUUGGAAGCAAGGACAGCCAAAUUCAGAAAAGAAUCUGGAUCUAGGAGGUGGAAGUAGUGAAAAUGAAGAUGAAGAAAAUUCAUGGUCUGAUUGGAAUGAUGAAUCUAUUGAAAUAAUAUGUCUAUUAUGUAAUUAUAGCAAUAAUGAAUUUGCCUGUACCUUGAGACAUAUGAAAGAAGCUCAUAAUUUCGAUUUUGAAGAAACAGUCAAAGACUUGACUUUUUAUCAGAAGGUGAAAGUAGUCAAUUAUAUAAAGAGACAAAUUCAACUACAACAAUGUAUUUUUUGUGAAGCAAAAUCAGAUAAUGUCUUAGAGCACAUGAAGAAUCAACAACAUUGUAAAAUUCCUGCACAGAAAGUUUGGAAUCAACCAGAAUAUUAUUUUCCUAUGUCAGAAAAUGAUUCAUUUUUAUACAAUCUUGAUGCAACUAGUAACAGCGAUGAAGAAAGUGACAUUGAAAAUCUUACUGAAGCAAUGUCUAAUUUAUAAAUAACGUUUCUGUCUUGAUGAGAUAUAAUUUGAAAUUCUAUUAAUUAAUGAAUAAUCAUUGCACUUUGUGAGAAGUAUUGUUACAUAUAUGUAUAUAUAUAUAUAUAUAU